AUGGCCGGAACGAGGUCGUACUCGUCUUCGACGUCUUCGACGGACGCCUUGGAGGAAAGAGGCGAAGCCGCGCUGCGGCGACGAGAGGAAUUGAUCGCGCUCAUCUCGCGCCAAGGCGUCGAUAUCGAUCGCGUUGUCGAAGCAAACAAGGAACUCAGCCGAAUUGAACCCAUCGCGGAGCAGUAUGAAGUCGUCAAAAAGCUUCGCGCCGAAAAGGCGUCUCUCGAGGAAUUGGUGCGAGACGCGUCGAGCGGGGGUGAUUCUAAAGAGCUUGCCGAGCUCGCGCGCGAGGAGCUGCGCGCCGUUGACAUCGAUUUACCCGAUCAAGAGCUAGCGCUGCAGCUGCUUUUCUUGCCUCACGACGACGCAGACGAUCGGGGCGCGAUUUUAGAGGUUCGCGCCGGCGCGGGCGGCGACGAAGCCGCGCUCUUCGCCGCCGAGCUGUUCCGCAUGUAUGCCUUACACGCGAGAAAGAGCGGUUGGAGGUUCGAUACGUUGAACGUGAGUGAGACCGAUGGUAAGGGCGUUCGAGAAGCGAGCGCUGAAAUUCUAGGCAAAGGCGUAUUUGGGAGGUUGAAGUUUGAAUCCGGCGUCCAUCGCGUGCAGCGCGUGCCCGAGACGGAGACGCAAGGCAGAGUGCACACGAGCACAGCGUCCAUCGCGGUGCUUCCGCAUGCGGAAGAGGUGGAGAUGGACAUCAAAGAGGAGGAUGUUCGCAUCGACACCAUGCGCGCCAGCGGCGCUGGUGGUCAGCACGUCAAUACCACCAACUCCGCGGUUCGCCUCACGCACGCGCCGACGGGGAUCCAAGUCGUGAUCCAAGACGAGCGAAGCCAGCACAAGAACAAAGCCAAGGCGUUCAGCGUGCUCAAGGCGCGAUUGUACGACUUAGAGCGCGAGAAGAUGGCGAAAGAGCGAAGCGAGCUGCGAAGCUCGUUGAUCGGUACGGGUGAUCGAAGCGAACGGAUUCGAACGUACAACUUCGCGCAAGGUCGAGUCAAGGACCAUCGCGUCGAGGGGACGAUUUCCGACGUCAACGCACUCAUGGAUGGGUUUCUGUUGGAUGAAAUCACGGAAAAGUUGAAAAGAAAGCGCGUCGAAGAGCUUCUCGCCGGCGCAUAG